AGUCAACUCUACUCUGAACGUCAUAGUUUGCAACUUUCAACUGGAAGCUACAACAUGGAUUCAUGGUCUCUGUCUUGGUUUCUGUUCCUGGGCAACCUUCUCAUGGUUUCUGGCUGGCCAGUUCAAGAAAACUUUGAUAUAGAUGGUGGAACUGAGCAGGACAUUUUCAAUAUCAAUGAAGAUUUGCAUCUGGAUCUUUUUGAGGGAGACAUCAAACUUGAUGGGGCACAAGACAGAAAUUCUAUUAUUGGAGAUAAAUACAGAUGGCCUCACGUCGUUCCAUAUGUUCUAGAGGAUAGCUUGGGUGUGAAUGCUAAAGGGGUUAUCCUCCAGGCAUUUGAUCGCUAUCGCCUGAAAACUUGCCUUGACUUCAAGCCUUGGUCUGGGGAAGAUAACUAUAUAGCAUUUUUCAAGGGCACUGGCUGCUGGUCCUCGAUAGGAAACAAACGUCAGGGGAAGCAGGAACUUUCCAUUGGGAACAAUUGUGACAGGAUAGGAACCGUGCAGCAUGAGCUCUUACACGCGCUGGGAUUCUGGCAUGAGCAGUCUCGUUCUGAUCGGGAUGACUAUAUCCAGAUAAUGUGGAACAGAAUUAAACCAGGUCGAGAGCAUAAUUUUAAUAUUCAUAAUGACAAAGAAUCCGAUUUCCUGAAUGUUCCCUACGAUUACUUUUCUGUAAUGCACUACAGUAAAAUUGCAUUCAAAAGAGGACAAGACCCUACAAUUAUAACAAAGAUGGCAGUCUUUGAGGAUCUGAUUGGCCAACGCAUGGAUUUCAGUGACUAUGAUCUCCAAAAGUUGAAUCGACUGUAUAACUGCUCCUCUUCCUUGAGUUUUAUGGACUCAUGCAAUUUUGAACUGGAAAACAUAUGUGGAAUGAUACAAAGUUCAGAAGAUAAGACUGACUGGAAGCGAGUUUCAAAUGUUUCUGGGGGUCCAAAGACUGAUUAUUCCAACAUGGGAAAGUGUAAAGGUUAUGGUUUCUUCAUGCAUUUUAACAGUAGCUCUGUAAGUGAGGGACACACAGCAGUGAUGGAAACUAGGAUGCUGUACCCUAAAAGAGAAUUUCAAUGCUUGGAAUUUUAUUUGUAUAACAGUGGAAGUAUAAAUGACCACCUGAACAUAUACGUCAGGAAUUAUACUGCAGAUGAUGUAAGUGGUCAUCGGACCCUUGUGAAACAAAUAAAAGAAAUUCCCAUUGGGAUCUGGGAACUUUACUACAUACCACUGAAAAUGGUCAACAAAUUUAGAGUGGUGUUUGAAGGACUCAGGGGCUCUGGUGCAUCAUCAGGUGGUCUGUCUAUUGAUGACAUCAAUCUUUCGGAAACACAGUGCCCUGAACAUGUGUGGCACAUAAGGAAUUUCGAAGAGACCAUUGACAAAGAAAAUGGAAUUCUAUUAAGCCCUCCAUUUUAUUCUCCUAAAGGUUAUGCUUUUCAGAUUCAAUUCAGUCUAAAACCUUCGACAGAUGCACAGAUAUAUCUCCAUUUGGUCUCUGGAGGCAAUGAUGAUUAUUUAAAGUGGCCAUGUCCUUGGCAACAAAUCACGAUAACACUCUUGGAUCAAAAUUCUGACAUUCUACGGCGUAUGUCCAACCAGCUGAGUGUAACUACAGACCCAUUUCUGCUUGAUGAUACAAAGUAUUUUUGGGACAGGCCUUCUAAAGUGGGAAUACAGACUGUUUACCCUAAUGGAACUGAGUAUAUGAUGAACAAAGGCUAUGGGAGCAGUGUCUUCAUAAGCCAUAGCAGGCUACACAGCAGAGAGUUCAUAAAAGGAAAUGAUGUUUAUAUCCUACUGACCACGAAUGACCGAUCUGACCUCGCUCAAACACCGGAUCAGAGUAACCCAACCUCUGAUCCCCAUGACCUGUGCUCAGUCGUCGUAUGUGAAAAUGGUGGCAUGUGCUCCAUCCAGAAUGGCAAGGCUGAGUGCUGGUGUCCUUCUGGGGAAGACUGGUGGUACAUGGGAGAAAGGUGUGAGAAGAGAGGUUCAACCCGUGACACCAUUGUCAUUGCUGUUUCUUCCACCGCUGCUGUGUUUGUCCUGAUGCUGAUAGUCACCCUCAUCAGUGUUUACUGUACCCGGAGGAGAUAUCGCCAAAGGCCAAAUUCAAAUAUUGCGAAUAUCACUCUGGAAAAUCAACACCAGGCUUUUUGAAGAUCAACUCAACAAUACAGCCAGCAGAUGAAAUUAAAAAGGAUUCUUCAUCAUGGAUUUCACCUAAGAGACAUUAUAACCUUUAUAUUCUUCUAAAAAUGGUUCUUCUCUGCAAAUAGCUGAGUGUACUCCAAAUCAUUAUUUAGGUAAAAGUUGAAUUGGCAAAGUCAGUCUCUCUCUCUCUCUCUCUCUCUCUCUCUGUCUGUCUCUCAUAGGAAGCCAUUCCAACUCCUCUGAAAGUAUAAUUUUAUCAAUAAAAGGAAAAGCAACAAUUAGAGACAGCUUUCAAGUUACUGAUCCUUCUAUCUAGGGGUGGAGUGCAGUGGUCUCAGAAAGGAUUCUCCAGAAACCGGCAGGAAUUUCCAGAGAAUGAUCCUCCAUAUGGAAUCUCAGCAGUUUCAAUGCUGUCUUGUCCCCUGAUAUAUAUGCCUGUCUCCAAAACUGGCUAAUUUCUUGUUGUUUUUUUUUACAUAAUCUUUUGGGUACCUGCACUUGGCUAAGCACCUGUUUGAACAGACCAGUAUAGUAAACAAGAAACUUUCAAUUCUUCAUGCGGCAGUUCUCAAAGUUUUGGGUGAAAGGACCAUUUUCACUGAGGACCCCAAAGACCUUUUGCUUGCAAGCUUUCCAUUGACCAGUAUUUGCCUUACUAGAAAUUCAAAGUGGGAAAAUCUAAAACCAUAUAUUUAUUAGUCAUUAAAAAGAAUAAGCCCAUUACAUGUUAACAUAAUUUUUUUUUCCUGAACAAUGACUAUAUUUGACAAAAUAAAAGAAAGUUUAGGGCUGGGAUUCUA